GGAAGGGGUGUGCCUUUAUAAGAAGCCUCAGAGGAGGUAUGUGUUCAGUUGUUGAAACCCUUAGCCUAAGGAUACAAGCUGAGAUCACAAACUCUCUCGUAGCCACAGAAGAAGUACUCUGAGAAUAUCUCUACAUCACACAUAAAGGCUUGACACACUUCUUUACAACCCUGACCUUAUCCAGCUGUUGUUGACCCUUCUUCUUGAUUCCGCUGCCUCUUGGGCUCCUGUUUGCUCCUGCUUAUCUGGGUGUGCAGAGCCAUGAAGAUCCCACUGUGGUGCCUGCUGGUUCUGCUUCCAUGUUUCGUCACCCCUGCACGCGCUGACUGUCAGGGGGAGUGUGUGGCGUGUGGUUUGCUCCUGCAGCAGCAACAGCAGGAAGCCUUUAACACCAUGGUGUGCUUGUUAGAGUGCAGGGGUCAGGUGUCCUCCUCGCUCACCUGGGAGUUGUGUGAACGUACCCUGAAGCUCGCCAUCUAUCCUCCAUUUGCCGAGGAAGGUGCCCUGCUCAAAAGCACGGCGGGAGAGCUGCAGAUAGAUCUGACCUCGGAUAGCGACCUGCAAUCUGCAGCCGCGCAGCCUUUCCGAGAGGAGGAUGAGGAUCUGGAUGAGGGGCCCUUUGAGCAGCGCCGCGUCCAUUAUGACUCAUCGCUGCUCGAAUCCUCAGAGGUGGGGGAGGACGUUCAGAGUCUGGCUCUCCUGGAUGACGACGAGGGCGAGCAGAGGGAAGGCGGCGAUGUCAGCCAGCAGGAUGAAAGCACAGAGGCCCUCAGCUUAUCCAAACGCUUUGGCGGCUUUCAGCGGGGCCGCCACGGGUACAGGAAGUUUAUCAGCUCCCCCGCUAGACACCUACAAAAGCGCUACGGAGGCUUCGUAGGUGUCCGCAAAUCUGCCCGAAAAUGGAAGAAAACGGGGCAGAAACGGGUCAACCAGCUGCUCAGGCAGUACCUCGGCCUGAGGAGCAGCCGCAGCGGCCGCUUCAACAUCACCCCUGUGACAAGAGCGUGGAGGCAAAACAAACUGUAAACAUGUUGCCCCAAAAUCCCGCUACGCAUACCUCAACCAAUCAUCUUUUCAACAGUACGAACUGUGACUUCCUCCAUUGUCGUCAGCUCUUUGUGUCCAAACGAGUAAAACAAGGAAUGCUUUGACCUUGAUCAAUAUUUAACAUGCCGUCCUGUGAAAUAAAAGAAUUAGAGAAGUGCAAUUGAAUAUAUUUUUGUGUGUCGGUGUAACGAAACAGGCCAAAUGAGAUUGGAAAAACAAGGUUUGACUUUUGACUGCACU